UGAGGAGGAGGUGCCAGAGGCGGGGCCCAGAAUGUUUCCGAGAGGCGGAGUCGGCCAUUGCUAUGGUACCGGAGGCGGAGCCUAGCUCUCCGGAGGAGAGCUUGGAGCCUGAGCAGUUGUCUUGACGGGAUAGGCCGGGCCUACCCUUGCCAUACCGUUGCCAUGGUAGCCCGAGGCAGCGGCUGCCCUGAGCCCCAUGGAUCCAGCUGCAGGACCGGGGUGGUCCGGAGCCCGUCCCUGGGGAAGAAGGAAAGCCCGGGGGCGGGUGGCCGUGGGGGGCUUGUCACGUGGCUCUUCCCCGACAAGGUCAGCCUGUCGCGAUAGUUCUGACAGCGUAAGCGGGAAGUUUGGUCCUUUGCGUCGAACCGGGUCUGCUGGACACCGCGAGUGCAGUCCUUGCCCCCGGCUUCGGGCAUCUCCGGAGAGCGCGAGAUGUUUCCCAUCAGGCCUGGCCUGGGAAAGGCUGAAGCCGGACUGCUAGCGGGAUUUGCCAUGGCAGCAAAGGGGAAAUCAGGAGCUGUGGCCAAAGGUACUGGCUUUUGGCAAGCACCCCAGUCUGGCUACACCCCAGAAACCUGUCAGUUGCUGAAAGUGAUGAUGGAGGAGUCCAAACUUACCAAUUUCCAGCAGCGGCAUCUCAUGGAUUCGGUGAAAAGAGGCGAUGCCCUGCCCUCUCGGUGCAGCCCGUCAUCCAGCCAGAAGCCAACGCCCAAGAGAGUCAGCACCUUCUGCCUGCCACCCAUCCUGGGCCCGAGGCCCCACCUCCGCCCUGCCGAAGUCUGCCAGGCUAACGAGGCCUACAGCCGAGACCAGUUCAAGCCGAGACCCUGUCGAGACACAGAGAAGGAGAAGGAGCGGCUCCAAGACAUAUUUACUAAUGGGAAAGAAGCCAUUGAGAAGAGGAAAAAGAAGCAGUCUGUUCGGCAGGCCAAGCCUCUGCCUUCGGACCCAGAGCCAGAUAGAUUUGAAGAAUUGGUGAAAGAAGUCCGAGAAAGGCAAGAGUUCUUGGCUGAGAUGCAGGCCCUCGGCCAAGGCAAGCAAUACCGAGGAAUAAUCCUUACUGAAAUCUCACAGGUGGGGCGCCCCCGGACCCCACGGCUCGGGGGGCACAGGCGGCCGCUUCGGCUCUCUCCCUUGACUGUCCUUUCUACCCCGCCUUCUGCAGAAACUGCGGGAGAUGGAAGAUAUUGACCAGAAGAGAAACGAUGAGCUUCAAAAGGCACUGACCAAAGCCUCUCCUUAAGGAGCCCACCCGUCCCUGGGGGCAAGGGCAGCAGCCCAGAGGGUGGCGUCAGCCACUCGCCCUUUUGUAGUCCUGCCCGCCAUGUUCCUGGAAGCCUGUCACCGGUGGGGGCACAGAUCCCCUCUGCUUAGAGAGGCCCCGCUUCCAGAGGGCCGGCCAGAGCCCAAGAGACAGUGCCCAGCCCCAAGCCGCCACUGCCCGUGAGGCAGGAGGCCUCCGAGCUUGAGGAGACCGCGGCAGCAGGGAGCUCACACUCCACUAGCUCCAUGCUCUCGGGAACUGUCUCCCGGCCCUCCCGCCAUCUCCCAACCGGGGGCCAGGGUCACUUAACCACCAGAGGGGGAGGACCAAUAAAACUGUCUU